AUGGCGGUUUCACCUUACGCCGCCGUUUCAACCCCUCGCGUUUGUUCUCCGCCUAGUGUUUCCACUAAAAUCUACUCUGGAUUGAAACACCAAUCUUCACGUUCUCUUGGAGCGUCUUCAGUUUCAUCUAACGUAAAUGCUCAGUUUUUCGGUAAAGUUAACAAAGUUCUCAAUUUCCGGUAUGCUAACCAGAAACCAGUUAGGGCACAAUUUCAUAUGAUGCCCAUUGGAACUCCUAGAGUACGCUAUAAGACACCCGGUGAAGGAACUUAUCAAUGGAUUGAUUUAUGGAAUGCCCUUUAUCGAGAACGUAUUAUCUUCAUUGCAAAAGACAUAAAUGAAGAAUUCAGUAAUCAAAUAUUGGCAACUUUGCUGUAUCUUGACAGUAUAGAUAACACCAAGCUUCUCUAUUUGUACAUUAAUGGUCCUGGUGGGGAUCUUACACCAUGCAUGGCUCUCUAUGAUACCAUGCAGAGCUUGCAGACUCCUAUAGCCACUCAUUGUGUUGGCCAAGCUUAUAAUCUUUCAACAUAUCUUCUUGCAGCUGGAGUGAAGGGACAUCGUACUGCAAUGCCUCUAUCAAGAAUUGCUCUCCAAUCUCCAGCAGGAUCUGCUCGUGGUCGGGCUGAUGAUAUUCGAAAUGAAGCAGAUGAACUUCUUAGAAUCAGAGAUUACCUUUUCAACGAGUUAGCAAACAAAACAGGCCAGCCUGUUGAGAAGAUCACCGAAGACUUAAAAAGGGUAAAACGGUUUAAUGCACAAGGGGCCCUUGACUAUGGGCUCAUUGACAGAGUUAUCAGGCCACGCCGCAUAGAAGUUGAUUCACCGCGCGGAUGA